AUGGGGGUCUGUGGGUACCUGUUCCUGCCCUGGAAGUGCCUCGUGGUCGUAUCUCUCAGGCUGCUGUUCCUUGUACCCACAGGAGUGCCAGUGCGCAGCGGAGAUGCCACCUUCCCCAAAGCUAUGGACAACGUGACGGUCCGGCAGGGGGAGAGCGCCACCCUCAGGUGUACCAUCGAUGAUCGGGUUACCAGGGUGGCCUGGCUAAACCGCAGCACAAUCCUCUAUGCUGGGAAUGACAAGUGGUCCAUAGACCCUCGAGUGAUCAUCUUGGUCAACACGCCUACCCAAUACAGUAUCAUGAUCCAGAAUGUGGAUGUAUAUGAUGAAGGUCCAUACACCUGCUCUGUGCAGACAGACAAUCACCCCAAAACCUCCAGGGUCCACCUCAUAGUGCAAGUUCCUCCACAGAUAAUGAACAUCUCUUCAGACAUUACUGUGAAUGAAGGAAGCAGUGUGACUCUGUUAUGCCUUGCAAUUGGCAGACCAGAACCAACGGUAACAUGGAGACACCUGUCAGUCAAGGAAGGCCAGGGCUUUGUGAGCGAGGAUGAAUACCUGGAAAUCUCUGACAUCAAACGCGACCAGUCCGGGGAGUACGAGUGCAGCGCCUUGAACGAUGUUGCUGCACCUGAUGUGCGGAAAGUAAAAAUCACUGUCAACUACCCUCCCUAUAUCUCAAAAGCGAAGAACACUGGUGUUUCAGUCGGUCAGAAGGGCAUCUUGAGCUGCGAAGCCUCUGCUGUCCCCAUGGCUGAAUUCCAGUGGUUCAAGGAAGAUACCAGGUUAGCCACUGGCCUGGAUGGAGUGAGGAUUGAGAACAAAGGCCGUAUAUCCACUUUGACUUUCUUCAAUGUCUCAGAGAAAGAUUAUGGGAACUAUACCUGUGUGGCCACAAAUAAGCUUGGGAACACCAAUGCCAGCAUCACACUGUAUGAAAUAAGCCCCUCAUCAGCAGUGGCAGGGCCUGGAGCAGUCAUUGAUGGUGUCAAUUCGGCCUCUAGAGCACUGGCUUGUCUCUGGCUCUCAGGGACCUUCUUUGCCCACUUCUUCAUCAAGUUUUGA